AUGCUCAUGUGUCUUGCCCCUUUCCUUGCCGGCAUUCUCGGCCUCUGGCUGAUUGAUCAGUCCAACCCCUACGGUCGCCUUGCCUGCCUCUGGAUCUCAUUCGCCUACACUGCAACCUGGACGCUGUCCAUGUCCGUCGCCACAGCCAACACCGCUGGACACACUAAGAAGAUUACGACGAACGCUAUGCUACUCAUCGGGUAUUGCCUUGGCAACUUUGUCGGCCCCUUCUUCUUCAAGGCCGAGCAGGCUCCGAGGUAUCCCUUGGGGGUAGCAAUGAUGAUUUUCUGCAUCGGUAUGCAGAUCUUGUGCCUGUGUGGUAUCUGGUUUCUCCUAUGGCUCCGCAACCGAUCUAGGAAGUCAGAACAUGCGACUUCAAGAGAAAACGAGCACCAGUCGUAUGAGCGAGGUCUCCUAGACGAGACGGACUUGCAGAACAAGUACUUCAAGGUAGAGCAUCUUUGUUUCAUCGACGAUGAGUCUUUUGAACUGACUCUCGAUAGUAUGUUUAUUAAGUGCCACAUAUGA